AUGCUGCGGGCGCUCCUCCUGUCUACGUCGGGCACCGCCACAGGUCGCGUCGUACGCGCCAGUUGGUGCAAUGUACGUGCAGCUUCGACGCUUGAGGCACCUGCUGCGGCAUCAGGGCGCUCGCCCACGGCGCUCGGCAUCGCGCCUCGUCGCUCGAACGCCCCAAAGGCUCCGGUCGAUAUCCAGGCGGCAGUGGCGCAGUGCAAGACCCAGAAAGCGCGCAACUUUGACGAGACCAUCGAUCUUGCUAUUCAGUUGGGUGUGGAUCCGCGCAAGCCGAACCAGAGCGUUCGUGGCGUAGUGAGUUUGCCGAAUGGAACGGGCAAGCAGGUGCGCAUUGCCGUGUUCGCUCGCGGCGCCAAAGCAGAAGAGGCCAAGGCUGCAGGUGCUACGAUCGUGGGUGCCGAGGACCUUGUCGAGCAGGUGCAGAGCGGGAAGCUUGAGUUUGAUCGCUGUAUCGCGACGCCCGAUGUGAUGCCGCUGGUGGGUCGCGUGGCCCGGAUCCUCGGUCCUCGUGGUCUGAUGCCGAACCCCAAGCUCGGGACGGUGACGCAGGAAGUUGGCGAUGCGAUUGCUGCUGCCCGUGGCGGUCAGGUAGAGUUCCGUGCGGAGAAGAAGGGCAUAAUCCACGCUGGUGUCGGAAAGAUGAGUUUCUCGGAAGAGGCACUGCUGGAAAACGUGCGAGCGUUCAUGGUUGCGCUCAGUGACGCGAAGCCGGAAGGCGCAAAGGGCAAGUACAUAAAGGCUGCUCACCUGAGCUCUUCAAUGGGUCCAAGCUACACGUUAGACAUCAAGUACUUGGAUCCCGCGUCGACGUCGUUCAUGCGUUUUGAUUGA